AUGACCAAGAUCGAACUUCAACUCGUCCAGACCCUAGGCACAUCUGGCGCUCGCGCUGUUGCCGCAUUUGAGAUCCAGGGCCGUCAGUACUUGGCGAUCCCUCAAUUAGCAGAGGACAUCCCCAAUGGCGCCAUUGGCAUGAACCUUGGAAACAGCGAUGCUCCUCUGCUUCUCUACAGACUUCACGAAGGUAGUGGAGAAUAUCAGACUUUCCAGACGCUGCCGGUCCCUGGUGGUGAAGAUGCUGAGUUCUUCACGAUUGGCGGCCGGACCUUUUUAGCAACCGCAAGUCUUCGCUCUGGUCGAGGUCCAUAUGAAAUGGAUGUUGAGUCAAUAAUAUUUGAGUGGAACGGGACAUAUUUCGUUGAAUUCCAGCGCAUUGCCACCUUUGCAGCGAAGCAAUGGAGAUACUUCAGUGUCAAGGGACGACACUUCUUAGGUCUCGCUCAAGGGGUUCAGCUUCCUGGCCUCGUGCCUAAAAUCCCAGCGGACUCCAUCAUUUAUGAAUGGGAUGGUAACAAGUUCAAGAAAUUCCAGACUGUUCCGUCAAAAUGGGGCUAUAACUAUCUUCACUUUAGCAUUGACGGAGAGGACUACCUUGCUUACGCCGACCAUGUUGAGCCAUCAAUCAUUUUGCGGUGGGACGGAAAAUCUUUUGCUCAUUUUCAAACUCUUGAUGGCGCACAUGGACGUGCGUUUGCUUUCUUUCAAGAUGGAAAUCAGUAUUAUCUUGCUUUCGCCUUGUUGACAGAGGAUAGCGUCCUCUAUCGAUGGAAUGGCAAGGCCUUUGACACUCACCAGAAGCUAACUACAGGACCUGGUGGUCGUGAACUAGCGGUGGUGCAACAGGAAUGUCAAACAUACCUGGUGCUUGUGAAUUUCAUCACAGGCACAAGAGAAAAUCCAGUCACAGACCUUCAGUCAGCGAUUUUUGUCCUGGAAAAUGGUCAACUCAAAGAAGUAGCUAAAUUCCCAACUCUAGGAGGAACAGACGCCACUCCAGUAGUAAGAGAUAAUCAGAUUUAUCUCAUUGUCACCGAGAGUCUGGCAAAGGAUCAACAUUUCAGGACAGCUUCUCGCAUUUACAAGUUC